AUGCAGUCCAUGCCAUUGCUGUUCCGGCAAUCACUUCGGUCCAGCAUACACGUCACACGAACCACCUCCACACCGGUGCGAGCUCCAUUCCGCCCGACAGCUCCGACAGUCAAUUCCGUUAGACCGACCUCGCGGACCUUCUCAGUCUGCUUACAAUGCCAAUUCCGCCGACAACCAUUCAUAUACUCACCCCUCGAUGAUAAAGACAAGGCCAACAAUGAUGCUGAGAGGCUGAUUCAGGCAGUGCGGCAGGCGCCUGAGGCGGUUGUCAUUCCGGAGGUGGAUGCGGGGGCUGCUCGGCCGAAUACCUCUGCGGAGAAUGACGGGGUGACUCGAGAGUCUCAACCGGAUGCGAGCGAGAAGGAGUCGUCGGAUCAGGGAGAGCAGACUCGUAAAGAGGAGAGCUCCAAUGCCGACCGCGCAAGGAGCGGAGGUCUCCCGUCGUACUUGGAGAGCCGGCGGUCUCAAAUGUCGAAGCAAUUCAGCACGAUGAUGGACAAUUUACAGUCCAAUGUCUUUGUGGCUGGCCAACGGUUAAACGACUUUACGGGAUACUCUGAGAUUGAGGCUCUGAAGAAAGAAAUCCACAUUCAAGAGGACCGACUCCGUGAAGCUCGUGCACACGUCAGACAAGCAAAGGAAGACUACACAACUGCGAUUAACCGCCGCUCGAACUCGCAGCGCGAGGUGAACGAGCUCCUGCAGCGCAAGCAUGCCUGGUCUCCAACCGACCUGGAGCGUUUCACACUCCUCUACCGCAAUGACCACACCAACGAGGUCUCCGAGGUUGAGACCCAAGAAGCGUUGUCUCGGGCUGAACGCGAGGCCGAAGAAGCUGCUGCGUCGCUGAGUAAAUGUAUUCUUUCACGUUAUCACGAAGAGCAGGUGUGGUCGGACAAGAUCCGCCGUAUGUCUACUUGGGGUACCUGGGGACUUAUGGGCAUGAACGUUCUUCUGUUCCUGAUCUUCCAGAUUGCCGUUGAGCCCUGGCGCCGGCGCCGGUUGGUCAAGGGAUUCGAGGAUAAGGUUGUUGAGGCCAUGGAGAAGGAGAAGGCUUUGCAUCAUGUUGCUGCUCAGGGCAAUAUUCCUGCAUCUGUCCUGGCCCCUAUUCUUCCGGAGGUCAUUGACUCUACCCUUGAAACCUCUUCUACUGAAUCUGCUGGAACCAUUAUUCCUGUUGCAGAGAAGAGUGUUCCCUCGUCUGCAGUCACUACUGAUGCUUCGCUCACUUCCGCUACUGAUGCUACGCCUGCAGCCACUACCAUGGCUAGCGACGCCUCAUCUCUCUACUCCCGCCUCUCUGACAUCUCCUCCUCACCAUUGUCUCUCGAAUACUGGCGGCAGGUUUCCAGUGAGCUUUUCAACCUGCGCAGCAUUACCAUUUCUCAGCAUGACAUGACCAUGGUUGCUGUUCAGAGCGCCGCAGCCGGCGCAGUCGUCAUGGGUCUAUUGAUUGCGGUAGUGAGGCCUCGGUAA